AAAGAAGGUUCAAUAUGAAUUCAUUGCUAAUGAGCGUGCAAGGACGAGAACCUUCAAGAAAAGGAAGACUGGAUUGCUAAAGAAGGUAAGUGAACUUCAAACCCUAUGUGGGGUUGAUGCCUGUGCUUUCAUAUACAGUUCUAGAGAUUCUCAGACUGUUGCUUGGCCCUCAUCCCUUGAAGCAUAUCAUGUGCUUGAAAGGUUUAAGAACAUGCCUACCGGGAAACAAACCUGCAACAUGAUGGAUCAGGAAAUCCUUCUGAACAAAAAUCUGAUUAUGUUAGAUGGGAAUUUGAAGAAGGAAACGAGGAAGAAUCAAGGGCUCGAGAUGGAACAACUUCUGCUUAGGUGCUUGGCUAACGAAAAUCUACAUGAUUUUAGCUGGUCAAAGGAGAUGAAAAUUGUGGUUCCUUUUUUGGACGAUAAGAUUAAGCUUGUCACCAAUAAAAUUAAAAAUCUGUAA